AUCGCCAUCUGGUCCGCACCCGCAGCACCCUUCUUGACAGCCAGGGCCUCCCUCCACUGCGUGCCAGUCUCAUCAUUUGUUGCUCCUGGAGCCUCGAUUAAUUCUUUGGAGUCGUUCAUCGGCACACAAACCCCAUCACCAUGGCUCACCGUAUUGUCACUCAAGUCGUCGUCACGGGCGCCCGUGUCUUCGGCAAGGCCUUCGCCGAGGCCUACAAGCAAGCUUCCGCCUCAUCCAAGUACGCCGCGCAGACGGGCAAGAAGGUCGGCGCCAGCAUGUCUUCCGGAUUGUCUCUCGAUGAGGCAUGCAAGAUCCUCAACGUCAAGCCCCCGCAAGGCGGCGAGGGCAACGUCGAGCAGGUGAUGGAGCGGUUCAAGAAGUUGUUCGACCUGAACGAUCCCCAGAAGGGAGGCAGUUUCUACCUGCAAAGCAAGGUUCUUCGCGCGCGCGAGCGGUUAGAGAUGGAGUUCCGACAGGCCGAGCGCAAGGCUGCCGAAGAGAAGGAGCUGCGCGAUGGUUGGAAGCCCAAGGUCUACAAGGACCGGUGAAUGCGGCCCUUCUACCUAGGGCACCCCGCUCGAGUUCUUCAGGAAUGACUGAUGGUUCUCGGGCUGCCUCUCGGAGAUCUUGCGUUUUCGAUUGAUUCAGGCUCGGCUUAUCCGUAUGGUCGCAGCAAUCGCGCCGACCGUUCGAAGCCCAUUAGCGAUCUCGUCGACCUCCUUUCUUAUCCCUCUCGGUUUUCGCGGCAUAGCAUGGCGUUUUGGUGAUUCCAACAUUGAGAUUGGAAAGAAUUUUA